CACAAAACUCAAUAGGCGUAGUCACUCGAUUCCUACAACAGCACUGUGCGUGCAGUACGAACUUUCACAUAAACUUCAGAGCGUUACUUUUUGUCAUGUCUGCGAGGAGAGUGGUGCUUUUCGAUUUAGGGGGAGUUCUCAUGACCCCCGCCCCGCAACUCACGUUUCAGAAGUAUGAGGAAUCGCUCGGUAUCCCCAGGGGUUUCCUCCAGAAAACCAUUGUCAAUGGAGGGCCAGAGAAUCCAUUUUUUCGAGCCGAGAGGGGGCAGAUCACACUUUCUCAGUUUGUUCCAGAAUUUGAAGCAGAGUGCAAGAAGUCUGCCAGCAGCGAGGGAGUCACCUUGCCCCCUCAGUUCUCUGUCCAGCGCCUGUUUGAGGAGGUCACAGCAGCCUUGAAGAUCAACAAGCCCAUGCUAGAGGCGGCUGUGAGACUACAGGAUAGCGGUUUCAAGACCUGCGUCCUGACCAAUACUUGGGUGGACGACUCUGCUCAGAGGGAGGGCACUGCCCAGGCACUCUCCUCCCUGAGCGGACACUUCAACCUGCUCAUUGAGUCCUGCCGUGCUGGGAUGAGGAAACCGGAGCCUGCUUUCUACUCCUUAGCCCUGGACAAGCUCAACGCCAAACCACAGGAGGCAAUUUUCCUGGAUGACAUUGGUGCAAAUCUGAAGGUGGCUCGAGAGAUGGGUAUGGCCACUAUUCUGGUUGGAGACACCACAGAGGCCCUGAAGGAGCUGCAAACUCUCUCUGGAGUCCAGCUCCUUGGCUGUGAAGAGUUUAUGCCUUCUUACUGUCGGCCCACGGAUGUUGCUCAUGGAUUUGUUUCAAUCAAGCCUGGAGUGAAAAUCCAUUAUGUGGAGAUGGGAGAUGGGCCACCCCUCUGCCUGUGUCACGGAUUCCCUGAAAGCUGGUUCUCCUGGAGAUACCAGAUCCCCGCUCUCGCUGAUGCAGGUUUCAGAGUCCUGGCUCUGGAUAUGAAAGGCUACGGUGAAUCUACAGCGCCCCCUGACAUAGAGGAGUAUUCCCAGGAAGAAAUCUGUAAGGAUUUGGUGGCCUUCCUGGAUAAAAUGGGCAUUCCCCAGGUAACCCUGAUUGGUCAUGACUGGGGCGGUUCAGUUGUGUGGAAUAUGGCGCAGUGCUAUCCUGAAAGAGUCAGAGCUGUGGCUUCACUAAACACCCCCCUCUUCCCCGCCAAGCCCGAUGUGAACCCCAUGGAGAGAAUUAAAUCUGUCCCUAUCUUUGACUACCAGCUGUACUUCCAGAAACCAGGUGUGGCUGAGGCUGAAAUGGAAGAGAAUCUGGAGAGGACUUUCAAACUGAUGUUUGUUGGGAGCGGAGAUGAGGACCCGAAAAAUCCUUCCUUGAACACCGCUGGUGUCUGCAAAAGAGGUGGUCUGUUUGUGGGAAAGCUGCAGGACCCUCCCAGAAGCCGAAUCCUGAGCGAGUCGGCACUACAAUACUACGUCCAGCAGUACAGCAAGACUGGCUUCAGGGGUCCACUGAACUGGUACAGGAACAUGGAAAAGAACUGGCGCUGGGCCUGUGCUACCCCAGGGGGAAAGAUUAUGGUGCCUGCUUUGAUGGUAACAGCAGGGAAGGAUCCAGUUCUGCUUCCAGUAUUUACAACUGGCAUGGAGAAUUUGAUUCCCAACCUAACAAGAGGACACAUUGAGGAAUGCGGACACUGGACACAAAUGGAGAGAUAUCCUUCUGUCUGGUGUUAAUGGCUGAAGUGUAAUGCUGGCUCCAGGGAUCAGCUUAUUUUGCCUCCCUGGCGCACCAGCACACACAACGGCUGCGAUGCUGGCUCCGGGGAUCAACCAAAGUGCGGCCUCCCCAGCGCAUCAGCAUGACAACCGUCUGGAUUGAGCUAAGUAGGGUACAUCUCUGGGGUUUUCAAGUGGGCACCUUCCAUCCUCAGUGUUUCGUCGACUAGCCCACGACACCUCAAGAUGUUUGAUGCUAAAGUUUAAACAUUUAGGAAAUGAAAUGGAAUCUUAACACCCCUGCUGUGAUUUCUAUUAUUUGAAGAUAUUUUGGCAGCAUCCCCUGAGAGGCUAUUACAGUCCCCUAUUGCUUACUUCACUCUUGUUCUAAUAGGGAAAUGGAGCAGAACUUGUAAAUUGGAUUUCUCUCCUUCCUACUCUAGUAUCACAAAAGCCAUGCUUCCAUCUGCCAUGGGGACCAUGUUGAAAGCAGCUUGAAAUUCAUCAACAUAAAACCGAUAUCAAUGUGGGGUUAACUUCAGUGCCCCCCCCCCCCCCCCAUAUUUCUAGUUUAUGUAUUUGUUCAUGAGACAGCAGUCUUAUCAGAUGUAUAAGUGUAGUUGCUACUGAUGGGCCAUAAUAGGGACAUGACUUGUAGAAAAUGAAAGUUAAUUAGUUGGCCUGUCCUUUGCUGAUAUAAAUUUGUAAAUACAUCUGUAGCUUAACCUUCAGUUCAGAACAAGCAAAAGAGCUCGCUAAAGUCUUUCAGCAGUCGUAGAAAAUCACUGCUGAGAGUUAUACUCUACUCUGUCAUUUACAAGUCAUUUUCCAUGUUAUAGUACACUUCAAAGUAGAAAUAAUUGAUAAACUGAGUACUCUGCAGACUUGCUUAUUUCAUAGUCAGCCAGGCAAAUAAUUGAAUCAAUUAGCACUUCCUAGGUGUUCCGAGCCACAGUCUUAUUAACUUGAACGUGUCACCCCUCCAGGAGGACUGCAGCACUGAGGAAGCCCACAGUUUAAAACUGAACUACAGGCUUAAAUCUAAAAUGAAUUAUCUACAUUUUCAUUUUGGGAUUUCAUGUGUAGGUUUUUUUUUGUUCAUUCUUGUCCAUUUUUGUUAGAUAAUUGGAGGAAGAUAUUUGUCUUGCCAAAGCAUUUUAAAUAGAAAGUCAUUUCUCUAACCUUUCACUUCUCACUGAAUGUUUCAGAGUCCAUGUUUAAACGGGUAAUGACUGGGCAGUUUCACUUCCGGUGAUGAGUGAUGAAGUGUAUUUUAUUAUAUAGUGGACUGCACUUUUGAAAUUGCUAUGGGUGAGGUUUAAUAGGCACUACUGAAAGAAUCCCAAAUUUGAGACAUUGUAACCCCAUGACUACCUUCCCAACAGCGUCACUCCACGAUAUUCUUCAUUAGACCCCUAAAUAAUAGCUGAGAACAGUUAACUUUUAAAAAAUACACUUAAAAAGACAAAAUAUUUAAAGCUUAUGUAAAGCCUAUGUAAAUAUAACAAAUACAAUGCAACACAUUAACUGCUGUUGGUAUGUUUGCUGCAGGUCACAUGAUCUGCUAGCAGCUAGACAAGUGGUACCAGGAAGCAGCAGCGCAAAAGGGGAUCAAUUUUUGCUUGUAUGAAAAUGUAUUUUUAAAACUUGUGUUUUUAUUUAUUUUUUACUCAAAAGUAGACAUCAAAACUGCCUCUACUCAAAAUAUUACCAAACAUAAAAAAGCAACCUGCUGCUGAGAGGAAGCAGGCCAGGCUGUCACUGAAGUGGGUGAUACUGUAUAAAUUGUCCUCCCCUCCUUGACUCACAAAGCAGAGUGAGGGAUUUCCAAUCAUGGGUGCAGCACCACCAAUCACGCUUCAGUGUGACACGGAGUGAACAAAAUCCCUAUUCCCAGCUGCAUUAUCAAAGGCUUCAGUCUGAAGCUCAUUCAAUACAUCUUCAGUGACAUUUGUUCUACAUGUAGACACUGGGCUUAUUUUCCUUAUUUUCCACCUGAAGAAAAUCCAACAUUUUCCGCAGCCGUUUAGUCCUGCGUUCACGAGUCUCCUCCCAUUAGUACUAGGCUGUUACAGAUUUUUUGUUUUCUAUAAAACUUCCUUUCUCAGUCUCUUGUGCUCUCCCUUUCCAACUCAAGAGUCACAUUCCCUAAAAAUAAAAAAAAAUGUCAAAAAAGAUAUUUUUUUAAACUGAAACUGCAAAUAAAUAAAUGACAAUAUUGUAUUCCUGAUUGAUCACCUUGCUAUAGCAAUAUAAAGCAUCUUUCCAAACACAGAAUACUGUAAUUAUUAUAUAGAUUUACCUUCCAAAAAUUUGACAGUCACAAACAUGCAUUGCAAGUGAGUAGAUUCAGCGUAAGUUUAAAAUGUUUUUUUUUUUUUUUUUUUUUUUUACUGAAAACCCGAACUUAUUGGUCAUGUUUUUCUGGCAGUUCCCAGGCAAGCUAUGUGGUUUGCAAUAGAUAAUUACUUAGGAGUACCAGUUAAGGACCUCCACAUCAGGCAUUAAUGCUUAAUUCUUGUAAAUUUCUUUCAAAACACAUGGAGUAGAUUUUAUAUGUUUAUCCAGAGGAGUCAUUAAUCACCUGGGGGAGUCAUCAAUUAUUCUUAACACCACUGAAUCUUACCGGAGAAUUCUUCCAUUUAAUCUUAUGAACAUCAUAUUAGGGGGACUGUGUGUAAAGAAAACAUCAGUGUGGUUAUGAGGGGCUUUUAUUCACAAACAAGCACGCUUCAAUAUUCAACCCUUUGUAAGUAAGUAAAUCCUUGAAUUUCAGAAAUCUGCACCCAAUUGCUGUAUCUCUCAAAUGCUAGCUGGGACACAUGAUCCAUCGGAAGCGCCUUGGCAAAGAUGCAUGGGAUACCCUCCCACCGUUCACAUCCCUGAACCCUGCUUGCAGUGAACCAUGUUCUUUUAAUGAGUUAAUGACUUCCUAAAUUUAUCACCUGUUUCCCAAACAAGAAAUAGCAAUGCAGCUUACUUAACGUUAACAGUAUCCUAGUGCAAUAUUGCUUUAGGAUUCUUCAGUAUCUCCCUGUGUAUAAAUUACCUCUAUGUUGUCCACCGAUCGGUCAUGCAGUUUUCUUUUUUUUUAACGAUUAUUUUUAUAAAUUUUCAAAUUGUGUCCCAAUUUUGGAAUGUCCAUUUAUUAUUCAACCUGGCUCACCGCUGCAACCCCCGAACUAACUCGAGAGUGACGAAGACAAGCACUUGCGUCCUCCGAAACGAGUGCCGUCAGCUGUCUGCUUUUAUUCACUCUGCAAGCCCGCCGUGCAGCCAUAUCCAUAACUUACAGCGUCGGAGGACCUUGCAGUUCUACAGGCAUCUGGCCAGCCACAGGGUUCGCUGGUGUGCGGUGAGCCAAGGAGUCCCAGGCCGACCUAGCCCCUACCCCAUCCGGACAGCGCUUGGCCAAUUCUGCGCCGCAUCCUGGGAACUCCCGUCCACGGUCGGCAGUGGCACUGGCGAUCUCUAGGUUAUAGGGCGCAUCCUACACUCUGGGCGGAGUGCCUAUACCAGAUGUGCCACUCGGGAGCUCCGGUCAUGUAAUUGUUGUGCUUUCCCAUGGUGGUUUUCUACAAAUGUUGUCAUUCCAGGAGCAAUUGGGAGUCUUGUAUUGAUGGACAAUGUAGUCAAUGAAGCCACUGCAUUGAAGGAAGAUCUGGAAGCACAGGCUCCCCCUUGAGAUUUGUCAUGAUUGUUGAUGAGUAGUUGCAUACAACUCUCACACAGCUUUCAUAGAUUGAGUAGACAUGUCACCUGUAAUUUGAUUGACUUUCAGUGAAGUUAUGCCAGUUCAUUAAAUAUAUUUUUAUUUGAAUUUUUAGAAAUUCUAAAACAGUUUGUGGGAACUCUAUGCCCUGACAAAAGUUAAAAAACAUAUAUGCAUUAUAAAAUAGAUACAUACAGUAGAUAGGAAACUUAACAUGGUACAGUUAUGCAUGCAGUGACUGAAAGGGAUUGUGACAGGAUGGUCGAGUGGUGACGUCCCCAGACCAGGAAGUUGACAUUCACACAAGUACUGUGGGUUGAAGCGCUGAGCACAGGUUUAUUCAAAUUAAAUAAACAGAAACACGUUUACAAAAUAAGACAGCUCACAGAGCCAAAAUAAAAAGUUCAAACAAAAACACAAAAUCUUAUUAACCAAAACAAGUACCGUGCUUUCUCUUGUCUCUCUCCUACACGUUCCUCCUCUCUGAACACCCACCCUGAACACAGACAAAGACAAGCUUAUAUACACAUGGUCAUCUGCAAAUUAGCAAUCAUUUAAUCAAUGAGGAGAUGGCUACAUUCUGCACAAGACUUUUAAUAUGUGUGGUCGACAGCCAAUUUGUCAAUUAAUUAUUUGCUGCCGACCAUGCAUUCUGAUAGGAUGUAGUCUGGCAGAGACGAGCUUCAAACAUCCCCCUUCCAAACCACAUGAAACUAUAACAAUACAAUAAACACCAAACAAUACACCCAAAUCAUAACAAUAAACCAUUCUUUUUCAACCCAUAACAAUACAUUUAGCAGCAGGGCCACUGCCCUGCUACAGGGAUAUAUGGGCUCAAGUGCAAAUUACACCUGUGCCAGUAGUUAAAGAGUUAUUAUAGAAAAUGAAAAGUGAUUGGUUGAAGCUAAAUUAUGACAGAAUCUUAAGUCUGCAGCUAGCAUUUUGUACACUGCAGACGGUGCUGUGUAAAGGACCUCAAUAAUUUUGCAGACUAGCUAACUGAUCAGGUUAGACUUUAAUAGCUGUUGCCGGAUAGAGAAGGAAGAUUUAUUGAGCUGAUUUAUAGAUGUGAGGGAGGUCAGGGAGUUUUGAUUUAAACAAUGUUGCUGUGGCAUGGGAGGGGGCCUUCUCAAAGUUUCUUUCUUUUUCCUUCAGAGAACUUUUUCUAGAAAGUUCCCUCUCAAUGACAAUGACUUGUUUUUUUCUGGAAGCAGUCUGGAAGUGUAUACUGUAGACCUUAGUUUAGGUUUGUUUGUACAGUACCUUGUAGGUUUUUCAGUAUAGCAUAACACACGUCCGCCACAGCACAUGACCUUUACGAUGAAUGUACUGUAGCAAUUUAACGGAAGUUACUUCCAAUUAGUAAAGAGCCCAGUUUCGAUGGAUCCUUUUGAUUUAUGGGAGUGAUGCUUCGUAACUGGAGAACAUUGGGGUUGAGAUCAACAUUUGUUUUCAUUUUUUCUGACAUUUUAUUCAAUAUGUUGUGAGCUUCCGCAUAAAAAACUUAAUUUGACCAUUAAUUAAAUUGCCACAAGGACAAAACAUCUUAAUUAAUAUUGCGUAAUAGCUGGCAUGAAGCUACAGAACAAGUAGCUCAAACAACCAUGCUUCAUUCAAAAUCCAAUUUCUGUAGUACUCCUCAAGGCUACAAAUACAGUUUUGCAACACUGCAUGCUAUGUACUUACGAUUGAAGAUCACCAUAAUAAACUCUUGAGCUAUAACAACUCAUUUCCAAGAUUCCCUUUAUUUUUCUUCUAACUCUAAAAUAAUCAGAAACUGAGUGCAUAGACUUAGUGACUGAGGAUAGAACCCUGCCCCCUGGUUCAGAGAGCAGAGCUGUGCAAAAAUAGCUAUUUUUCCAGGGCAGUCACACACAUCUUUGUACUAUUUCUCAACUAUGUUGAAGAGAGUUCAAUUCAAACCACAGCUGCAACAUGAAGAGCUACAUAAAGUAGCCUGCAAAUGCAGUUGCUGCUUGCUCCUUGCUGUUAUAAAAGAUGUUACUUUCAGGCAGCAGUUUCAAAUAAGAGCAAAGGGAUAGAGAACCAUGUUUAAUUCUAAAUCCAAAUGUAAUUAUUAGUCUGUCCAGUUAUUUUGUAAGUAGUGCUGUGACUAACCAUAAGGCACUGUAAACUAAAAUGCAUAUCCAAAGAGAAGAAAAUAUUUUCAUGCUCACUCAUAAAAUGCCCUUAUUUGUUUUGUAACACCAUAAAAUUCAGCAAUUCAGCAUGUCAUUGUAAAAAUGUCAUCAAUUGUUUGACAUUGGUUUCUUUUCAUUCUUUUUUAUUUUACUGUCACUUUUGAGAGUCCCUGUUUGGACACAGAAGCCUGCCUGUGUAUUGAGCAAUAAAUACCAUUUAGCUCCCAUUUACUGUGGCACCAUCAAGCACUCCACAUGCAGAUUGUACCCCUCUUCUUCUAAACAGGUCCCUGCUUUUAUUAAUCCUCGUUAUUCUAAUCACUGCUAGGCUAUUUUGUCAAUUUAUUACCAGUCUGAACAAGUGCUAUGGAAAAUACAUUAGCUCUUUAUUUUAACAACAUGCAACAUCAGCACUCUGCCAAGCUUUCAAUUUCAGUGCUCCCUCGCUAUAACGCGGGUCUCGGGGGACACACAAUAUGAUCGUUAUAACCGAAGAGCGUUAUAAACAGGGGAGAGGGUGGAGAGAGCCAUAUACCAUGUAAUCAACUCUAUAUUUUUUUACGUGGAUCAUUUUAAUUAGCAGUUUUUAAACUAUAAAUAGCCUGGCUAAACGGUGGUCAUAAGUAGUUCAAUUCGAAGCGACAGACAAGAAACCAAGUGCGAGAAGGAGCGCGGGUCGAGCGAGGGGAAGAGGGAAUGGGCUCGCCCCAGGUUCGGCUGCCGGAUCAGGGCUGAAGUGUCUCGUCUCCCAGAGAAAGCUGAAGCUCGUCUCGCAGCAAAAAAGUAAAUACAUUAGGAAAGAUAACCACGUAAUAGGCCUAAUAUUGAUUUAGUUAUAAAACAAAUGCUGAAUUAGUGUUAUAUUAGGUGCCAGUGCAGCUUUUCUUCAGUUCAUGUACUGUAUCAAAAGGGAGAGACAGAAACGGAAGUUAGACUGAGAAGUUGUUUACAGUUUACACAACACCGGUACUGUAUUUACUGUAGAAAUAUUGCAUGAAUCACUAGUAUAGGGAAUCGGGGGACAUGCUGUAGGAGUAUUAUAUCCGAGGCACGUUAUAAUAGAGAGCCUUUUUGUGAGGGAGCACUGUAUUCCCUUUCCACCCAUUUUCAAACAGGUCCAUUUAGUUUAACUUGGUGUGUAUGGUCCCACCCAUUUUGCAUUGUGACCCCACCUACUUCCCUGAAUGCUGGCCCCGAAUGCAAAUACAGUAGACCGCUAAUGAAUAUAUACAGGGGAGAGUGCAAUGGUUUUAGAUAUGAUUACCAGACAAUACAGUGCAAUAUAACAUUUAUGUCUGUUUAUUGUUAACAGAAGAUGUCUAUAAUUGUAUGGUGCAAGAGCCUUAAUUUAUUAUACUUCCGUCCAUGCAACUCAGCUCUGAUUGAUAUCAGGGAUACCAGCACAAUUGAAUAAUUAAUUCCACAUUGAAGACGUACUUGUUUGAGUGUUCCUUUUUGUAGAUGGAUUUGAUCAUCAGUAAGAGCUCUUUAGUUUCUUGGUAUUUUAAUGAUAAGCACCCUGGGAUGCCUAGGUUUGAAUGUAUAAGGUAUAUUCGAUUAUAUAUAAGAGUAAUGUGCAUUGUGUAUUUUGCGAUUUGAUUAGAUGCUUGCUGACAGUGACGCUGUUUCAGAAUAAUUGUGUCCAUUUUGCAGUGCCCUGCUGUUGAACCCUACAUGCUAUUCAGCUGCUCCAGCCCAUUAACCGUCUGAUCCCUCUGAUUAGAAUCAGAGUUGGGCACUUGACCUUCAGAACCCUAUAGAGCUAUACAAAUCAGUAAGGCCCGGAGACACUGUGGACAGGAAAAUGCUACACAAAUCAUUACAUUUGCACUGAAUGCAUUAUUCAUAGACCGACCUGAUGAUAUUAAGGGCUGGAUACUUUAAAGAUCAGUCAGGGAUCAAGUCACCUUGCCACGCUACAGCACCCUCUACUGACCAGGUGCCUGGUAAACUCAAGAGGUCAUCUGCAAGGAAGCUUUUGUCCUAGAGGCUGGGAGCUUGGCUUACAUCCGUUCUCAAGCUCCUAAGUGUAAAGUGGCAGUUGGCUUGGUGCUGGUGCUUUCAUGUCUCCUUAGCUGUUGUGGGGUCUUACUGCAGUAGGGGAGCGUAAUUGGGCAUUCUAAAUGAAUUAAUGCAGGAGUUAAAUUCUUUGAUAAGACUGUGGCAAAAAUACUUAUUUCAGUAUUACUUACAUUCCAUUGAAAUAGUGUCCUUGUCCAACACUUAAAAUUGCUCUUUUAUUUAACUCUGUGAGGAUGGAUAUAGCCUACUUGGCAAUUAAAUCAAUGCAGUCUGAGCUUUACAAUGUAAGGAUGCUGAACGGUGUUGUAGCGCCACCUAACAGAUACAAUGCAGCAUUACAUUUAGCAGUGGCAUUUUUCUGUCAUCCCUCAACUUCCUGCACAGAAUCCCAUCCAUCUGAGUCACCUAAAGGUUCAUGGGAAGUUAAGUUAUCUAAUUGUUACUUGAGUGAUAUAGAGUGCAAGCAAACCAAAAAUAUAAUACAAAAUCUACUUUUAUUUAUUUUUUUAAACCCAUCUGUGUGGUCCAGUGGUUAAAGAAAAGGGCUUGUAACCAGGAGGUCCCCGGUUCAAAUCCCACCUCAGCCACUGACUCAUUGUGUGACCCUGAGCAAGUCACUUAACCUCCUUGUGCUCCGUCUUUCGGGUGAGACGUAGUUGUAAGUGACUCUGCAGCGGAUGCAUAGUUCACACACCCUAGUCUCUGUAAGUCGCCUUGGAUAAAGGCGUCUGCUAAAUAAACAAAUAAAUAGAUGAGAUCUUACUAAUGCAUUGUAAAGUUUUAACAUUACUUCCCUUGAUUUAAAUUCAACACAACAUAUCCGAGCAUCUUGUUGGUCUUUUUUAUAGCUUCCCCAAAUUGUCUAGAUGAAGACAUUUCUGAGUCAACAUAAACUCCUACAUUUUUUUCAUAGAUUCCUUCUUCAAUUUCAGUAUCUCCCAUAUGGUAUUUAUAAUGGACAUUUUUAUUGCCUGCAUGCAGUACCUUACACUUUUCUAUAUUAAAUGUAAUUUGCCAUGUGUCUGCCCAGUUCUGAAUGCUGUCAAGAUCAUUUUGAAUGACCUUUGCUGCUGCAACAGUGUUUGCCACUCCUCCUAUUUUUGUGUCGUCUGCAUAUGGAGCCAUAGGACAUUGGCUCGCUUAAACCAAAGAAAAAACAGCGGUGUUUAAGAAUGAAGCAUAUUUUAUAAAUUACCAAAUGGAUUGACAGUGUAGGACACACACCCUGAUGGUCUGUCUUUCAAAUUGUUUUACUCAUUUGUUAGGAGGACCUCACAUGUCUGAAUGUUUUU